AUGCUGUCGGUCACUUUGUUAUCUCUUAUUGUGGGUGCAUGCGCUGCUGUCGCUGUUAACGGUAUCGAUCAAGGUCAUGGCGUCGGUGUUCGAGUUCCAACUUCAAACUCUCCCGUUUCUGAUGUGGUCAUCCCUGUCAACGCCGGUGACAGGAUCACGGCGCAAUUCCACAGAACCUCUGCUGGAUACACCGGCCCUGACCCUUCAGACCCUAUUGACCCCACCAACAAAGGGCCAAUCCUAGCCUACCUGGCGGAGGUUCCGUCUGCCACCCAAUCCACGGUGACAGGCCUCAAGUGGUUUAAGAUCGGUCAGAUUGGAUACAACGCUACCACCGGCCAAUGGGGCUCGGAUGUUCUUUUUGUGAACGGCGGUAACGCCACAUUCACUGUUCCAACUUGCAUCGCGUCUGGGCAAUACCUCUUCCGUGCCGAAGCGAUUGCGCUGCAGGCUGCGACAUCAUACCCAGGCGCUCAGUUCUAUAUGAGCUGUGCUCAAAUUUCCGUAACUGGCUCUUCGUCGCCUAAAACUCCUGCGACUGUUAGCUUCCCAGGCGCAUACACCCCCACCUCUCCGGGUAUCGUAACGUCGCUAUUCGGCCUCUCGAGCUACACGCCACCAGGACCUGCGGUGUUUACCUGCUGA